AUGGCAUCUGUAGUUGGCAAGGUCUUCUCUGGCAUGAGCCAGGUUGCCGUCGUGUGCGGGCUCGCUGGCGCCGUCUACUACCGCCGCGAGUACGGCAGCAUGGCCACCGACGACGCCAGCACCGCGCACUCGCUCAUCACCUUCUCCAAGGACGACCGCCGCGAUAUUUACGACGUCGCCAUCGUCGGUGGCGGCAUCGUUGGCGUCGCCACGGCACGCGAGAUACGGCAAAAGUACCCCAGAAAGCGCGUCAUCCUCAUCGAGCGCGAGGCCGAUGUGGCGCAGCACCAGUCCGGCCACAACAGCGGCUGCCUCCACGCCGGCAUGUUCUACCCACCCGGCUCCGCCAUGGCGCGCUUGUGCCCCCGCGGCCACAGUCUGAUCAUCGACUACUGCAAGAAGAACAAGCUUCCCUAUGAGCUGUGCGGCAAGAUUAUCGUCGCCAUGGAGGACAGCCAGCGCCCAACCGUGCAGCGCAUGUACGACUGGGGUGUUGCGAACGGCGUCAAGGGGCUCGAGAUCCUUGAAGGCGAGGAAGCCAUCAAAAAGAAGGAGCCACUGGUGACCGGUGUCUCUGCAUUGUGGUCCCCAGUUUCGGGCAUCAUUGACUUUUCGGAAGUCACACGCUGCAUGCUUCGGGAGAUGACGGCCCACGCCAAGAACAACUUCGCCACGCAGUUCCAAUUCGAUGCUCAGGACUUCGUGGGCGUGUCGGUAACCAAAUCGAAGGGUGCAGGCGCGGAGGAGAUGGUACUCAUCCGCGGCCGCGAGAAGAACCACCUGGGGCCGGAGAAGACCAUUUUGGCAAAGAACAUCAUCACUUGUUGCGGCCUCGACAGCGACGUGGUGGCGAAGCACUCUGGUGGCAUUGUGGAGUGGCUGGGCAAGCGUGUGGUGCAGACAUAUGGCUUUCGCGGGCGGUACUACCAGCUGACGCCGGAGCGCCGCAACAUGGUGCACAUGCACGUGUACCCGUGUCCCGAUAACCGCAAAGGCUUGAGCGUCGGUGUGCAUUUCACGCCGACCGUGGAUGUACGCCGUGGACGCCAGGUGAUCGUUGGGCCAGGCUCUGCGCUGGCGCUGGAUCGCUACGGCUACACCCCUUACGCGAUCGACCUUGAGUACUGCUUCAACUGCGCCUUUAGCAAGGGCGGCUGGGUGAGUCUCGUCUCCAAUUUCGAUGUCCUCUUCCAGACGUACUACAUGGACAUCAGCAAGCGGCAGUUCCUUCGCGAGGCACAGAAGCUGAUUCCCUCCAUCGAGGCGAAGGACAUUGUGGACAGCUACUGCGGCGUCAUGGCCGUCGGCGUGGCGGAGGACGGCACUCUCAGCAUGGAUCUCGCGAUGGAGUUUGCACGACCGCGUGUGACGGUGCCGGCGACGAUGGACAAGAAGAUGAUGCUAGAGGCGGUCAAAGAUGCGCCGCGCUCUGGCACGACCCUUGAAACAUCUAGCAUCUCAAAGCCGCUCAUCCUGAACGUUCGCAACGCGCCGAGUCCGGCAGCCACCGCGUCCAUGGCAAUUGCGGAAGACAUUGUGAAGGCCGCGAGCUCGCGAUUCCAAUGGUAG